AUGUUGCAUCAGCCUCAACAUAUGAUUGCGAAUCCAACGGAUGUUCAUCGUACUGUUUUAGACCAUAGACAAAUUUCAUUUACGAUGGCACGUAUACCAAUUGAAGUUGAAAACGAAAUCGACCGAUUUUGUAAUAAUGUGAAACAAUCAACCUACACCCAUUCACGUGAUCUAGCCUUGGCAACUAUAUUGAUACUAAAGAAACUGAUCGGAGAAUCCAAAUGGGCAAAUGCAAGCGAAUUGAUAACUUUAAUUCGUUCGUAUGCACAUCGAAUCAAUGAAGGACAACCUGUUGAUAGUAUCACAUUUAAUAUUAUCAGACAUAUUCUAAAAUUAAUUCGUGAAGUAUCCGUUCGGAUUAUUCACGGUCGAAAUGAAGGUAGCGAUAUAUCCUUGACACUUCAAGCUGUACUAAAUGAUCGCGCAACGAUGUCAACGACGAAUGAAGAUGAAAGCGAUAAUCUCGAUGAAAAUUUCCAAUUAAAAAAACAACAAAUUCAAGCGGAUCUGACGGAAUCGCUUCCAAUGAGCAAUGUCGAAGGCAGUGUGUCUGUUCAACGUCUUCGACCUGACAUCAUGGACGAUUUGAAUUGGUAUUCGAACGAAAUAGACUUAAGUGUAAAGAAUCUUGCUCAACAAGCCUUAGCACACAUUCACGCCAAUGAGAUCAUCCUAACAUUAGGCUAUUCUUACACUGUGGAACAAUUCUUUAAGUAUGCAGCGAGCAAAAAACGGCAAUUUCAUGUUUUCAUUCUCGAACAUGCGCCGUUCUUCACCGGACAUAAAAUGGCAGUCAACUUAUCACAAGCAAAUAUUCCUGUGACGGUUGUUACUGAUUCAGCUGUCUAUGCAAUCAUGGCUCGUGUUAACAAAAUUCUUAUCGGUACACGAAGUCUUCUGGCAAAUGGAGGUUUAACCGCGAAGUCUGGCACAUACAGUUUGGCAUUAGCUGCAAAAAACUUCAAUGUUCCAUUGCUUGUCUGUGCACCAACGUAUAAAUUCUCUCCAACUUAUCUUCCAUCAUUCGAUCCAGUUAUGUGCAAUAGUUUUCCAUCGCCCGAAAAUAUUCUUUCAUAUCAAUCGAGCUAUCAGUCAUCGUUAGAUAUCGUUGUGCCCAUGCAUGAUUAUGUUCCACCGGAAUUAGUUACAUUGAUUAUUGGCAGCGGCAUGGGUAAUGCUCCAUCGUAUGUUUAUCGAAUUGUUAGCGAACUAUACAGUGCCGAAGACAAUGAUCUUGAGCGUUCAUGA